UUUACUUUAUCCUCUAUUCGUCUCCCUUGUACAGAAACACUUUUUCUUGCAGGCAAUACUUUCUUUGUGUGCUGAGGUGAGUAAACUAAUCAGCCAACCCAACACGGAAGAACACGAACAAAAAUGGCAUAAACAAAUCAACACACAGAUCCCAAAGCUCCAACCUCAUCUCAUCAAAAUCCCAAUUCUUUUCUCUCCUUCCUCAACCCCCGAAAUUGCUCCCAAUCAAUGUCUCGAAUACUCUUCACUACAUGGAACAAGCACAGAAACAAGCUUCAUCCCAACCCAAAAAUCCUUUCUUCUUCUUCUUCGUCUUCUUCUUCUUCACAUGCCUACUUCACCCUUUCACCCCAUCAUCAUCAUCAUCAGCAGCAGCAGCGUCACCGCGUCCUCGCCAACACCAGCACUUUCUUGUUCUACCAUAGGCUACUCCAGCACCGCCACAAAUGGGGCCGUGGAGGCUCGGACGACCCGAUUACUCGGUCCCGGAGGAUCCGAGCCGAUCCGAAUUGCCCACGCUGCUCCAGGGACAUGAUUGUAAUUGACAACCUCAAGCUCCCAACUCGCCAGGGAGGUCACCAAUUCAAUGGUACUGUGAACCUUUGCCCCAAUUGCAACGCUGCCUAUUACUUCAGCCCUCAUGGCGUUGCGCCUCUUCAAGGUAGCUUUUUGGAGAUUGGGGCUCAGAGGGUUUCUGAAAAAAACGAUCUUGAUGAUGAUGAUGAUGAUGUUGAUUUUGAUUCUACUAAGGUGCCUAGGAGAAUCAGUGGGUUUGGUGGUAGAGUGUUGAAUAGUAAUGGUGGUGGUGGUGGUGAUGGGGAUAGUAAUGCACCUGGUUCAGGUGAUGGGAAUGGUGGUGGUGGUGGUGUUGCUGUGCAUAGUCCUCCAGGGCCACCUUUUGCUCCUGGUGUUAAUGUUAUAAGGGCUUCUGGGCCCCGAGAAGGUGGUUCCGGUGGCGGCAGUGGCAGUGAGAAGAGUUCAUGGGGUGGUUCCAAUUUGGGGAGGGACUUGCCAACUCCAAAGGAGAUCUGUAAGGGUCUUGACAAGUUUGUAAUUGGCCAGGACAGGGCCAAAAAGGUUCUAUCAGUAGCUGUUUAUAACCACUACAAAAGAAUAUACCAUGCUUCUCAACAGAAAGGGUCAGAGGCUGAUUCUGGAAUUCCAGAAGGAUUAGAUAAUGAUGAUGUCGAGCUGGAAAAGAGUAAUGUUCUCUUGAUGGGUCCAACAGGGUCAGGGAAGACAUUACUUGCUAAGACGCUAGCUCGGUUCGUGAAUGUUCCAUUUGUCAUUGCUGAUGCAACAACCUUAACUCAGGCUGGUUAUGUUGGAGAAGAUGUGGAAUCAAUAUUGUAUAAAUUACUGGCGGUAGUAAAUGUUCCUGAGAAAGGAGCAAGGAAACAUCCACGAGGUGAUAAUAUACAGAUCGACACAAAGAAUAUUCUUUUUAUAUGUGGGGGUGCCUUCAUUGAUCUUGAAAAAACAAUUUCAGAGAGACGACAUGAUUCUUCCAUUGGUUUUGGAGCACCAGUUCGUGCCAAUAUGAGGACUGGUCAACUAACAAAUGCAGCCAUAGCAUCAUCUUUACUUGAGUCGGUGGAAAGUGCUGAUCUUAUUGCAUAUGGUCUCAUACCAGAGUUUAUUGGACGAUUUCCGAUUUUAAUUAGCUUGUCAGCUUUAACUGAAGAACAGCUUAUGCAGGUCCUCUCAGAACCGAAAAAUGCACUCUCUAAGCAGUACAAGAAAUUAUUUAGCAUGAAUAAUGUAAAACUACACUUCACAGAGAAAGCUAUGAGAUUGAUCGCCAAGAAAGCAAUGGCAAAAAAUACUGGCGCCAGGGGUUUAAGAGCCCUACUGGAAAACAUUUUAACUGAAGCCAUGUAUGAGAUUCCAGAUGUCAAGACAGGAAACGAACAGAUUGAUGCAGUUGUUGUCGAUGAGGAAUCAGUAGGAUCGGUAAAUGCCGUCGGUUGCGGAGGAAAAAUUCUCCGCGGCGAAGGUGCUUUGGAGCGGUACCUUGCUAAGAUGGAGGACUCAAAGGUUAAGGGUGAUGUAGCUGAAUCUGACAUGCAAGAUGGGGAACAAGAGAUCACAUCAAGAGCAAUGAGCAUGUAAUGUUUAUGUCUAUACUUCAUACCAUAAUAAUCAAGAUGUAUAAUGUCAUUGUUAUUGUUGUUUGUAAAAAGUAUAUUCAUAAGUUGCUGUAAUUAUCCCUUGUAUAACAGCAUAGCUACAUUGGAUAGGAAGGAAACAGAAAGAAAUGAAAGAUGUAGCAUUGCUAGUUUAGGCAGCACUUAAUACAAAAGUUUAAGGGUUUUAUUGUUCAUUUAAAUAAAAACCUGGCAUUGUGCAAUUUUAAUUG